CAGUCUCCGCCACAGGUGGUGGUCGGCAGCAGCAAGCGCAGCGCCGCCACGCCGACGCCGACGCCCCCGCCGACGCUGCCUGCCGGUAGCGCGAGCAUGAAGUUCUCCGGCGGAGACGCCGAGAUCCUGGGCGGUGGCGACACGCUGCUGCUGUCCGCGUGCGGCUGGGCUGGUGGGGCCGCGCCCGUCGUCGACCACUUCCUGCUCGACAACAAGCUGGACGCGGCGGGGGCGGGCUCCGACCACGACGACUCGUCCGCCAAGGCGACCAUGGACGCCCUCGACAGCCUGCUGCAGGCGUCGCCGCCCUCGUCUGCCGGCGGCCAGCCGGGGGGCGCCACGUCCCCCGGCAGCUUCGCCGAGCUCAAGCCCCUGCCGCCCUUCACCGGCUACACGGGACACCUCAGCAUCAACGGCAUCUCGGGACACCACUUCCACGCGAUAGCUGCCGGGCCCUCCUCUCCCCAGAGCCCGCAGCUCCCCGAGGCGAACAACAACAACGCGCACGCCACCAACCACAACACGGCGACCAGUUUCAAGCAGCAACAACAGCAACAACAGCACCCGCACCAGCAACAACAGCAAUCGCAGCAGCAGGUGCAGCCCGGUGGACGGCCUACGAGCAGUUCCGGAGUGACGGGGGCGACGCUGUACUACACCGUGAGUACGACGGCCGACCAACCGGUCGUCUCGUCCUCGACGGCGUCCGUCGGGGGUGUGGUCAACAUCAAGGAGGAGUUCAUCGACUACUCGAGCCUGAUGGGUGGCCCGGAUAUCGAAGACAUCGCGGCGCUGAUCGGCUCUGCCAUCGCGGACACGACGGUGCCCAGUACGGUGGCGGAAGGGCUGGCCGCAGUGGCGGCGGCGGCUGCGGCGAGCGCGGGCGGCGGGCAGGCGCACGGCCACGCCACCCCCGACGACACUGCCGGCUCGCGGGAGAGCUGGAUGGAGUUCGACGCGUGGAUCGACACCGCCUGCUCCGGAGAAGCCAAGCCCGUCAUCUCGGCCGAGUCGCUGCAGGAGUUCGUGGCCGCUGCUGCUGCGCAGCAACACCAGCAGCAGCAGCAGCAGCAGCAACAGCAGCAGCAACAACACCAGCAACAGCAGCAGCAACAACAUCACCAGCAGCAACAGCAGCAGCAACAGUCGCAGUUCGAAGGCAGCUCGGCGUUGCAGAGCCUGCUGAGCUGUCAGUACCAGUCGCCGGCGGCCAUGCUGCAGCACAUGCUCAAGAGGGACACCUCAGCUGCGGCCGCCUCCGUCGGCUACCAUAUGCCGCUCCUACAGAAUCGGUUGCAGAAUGGACCUCCCAACGGCAGCGUCAAGGCGGAGACGUACCUGGAAGCGCCGUCGUCCAGCACCCAGUACCUGGCCCACACUACCACGGGCAGCCCGCCGGGCGUGGUAUCCACCACGGACACGGCACUGCUCAUCAACGGCAGCAGGUACGGCGGGGGCGGCGGCAUGGGGGUGGCGCGGCCCGCGCCGGGCCCGGGCUCCGCGUCGGCGGCGGCUGCGGCGGCGGCGGCUGCGGCGGCGCGCAUCGGCUUCGCGUCCCACCUGCCCCCGCGGCCUCUCAAGACGGCGCCGUCGCCCGACCUGCUGGUCAACGGCGGCAGCCUCGACAGCCUGGCGGGCGCCGUCUUCCCGCACACCACCACCGCCACCACGACGACGCCGGCGCCCUCCAAGAGCAAGAGCCGCAACCGGUCGCGCAGCAAGCAGCAGUGCGGCGUGGGCGCGCCCGGCGCCGCCGCCGCCGGCGUCGUUUACUCCGGCGACCCCGCGGCCGCCGCCGUGCUCGGCAAGGAGAAGCCCGUGCACCGCUGCAGCAUCUGCAACCGCGGCUUCCUCAACAAGUCCAACAUCAAGGUGCACCUGCGGACGCACACGGGCGAGAAGCCCUUCAGGUGCGACGUCUGCGGCAAGGCGUUCCGUCAGAAGGCGCACCUCAUCAAGCACCAGCAGAUCCACAAGCGCGUCGGCCGCGAUUGACGGCUCGGGGGCGUGGCCGGCGCGGACAGGCUGCUGGCGGCGCUGGUGGCGCGCCGUGCGGCAGAGGAGCGAACCUCCGCGCUCGCGAACCUAACACU